UAUGGUAUUAAAAUCUUUUCAACGACACAAAAUGAAGCAGUCCGGAUCAGAGGGAGAGAGGGACAAGCAGGAGCUCCAUGGAGAGAAAGAAAGACUAGUCCAAAGAGCCCCGGUGUGCUGCUCUGCCCGCUAUGGUCUGGCUCUGUUGUCUUUGUGUGGCUUUUUUGUGGUUUACUCUUUACGUGUGAACCUCAGUGUGGCGAUGGUGGACAUGCUCAACAACACCAACCACCACACCAAUACUAACUCCACCUCUGUGUGCCCUGCACAUUUUGAGCCUCCACGGCCCAAACACAACCACAGAGCCAGUGUUUAUGACUGGGAUCCUAAAACUCAGGGCUGGAUCCUCAGCUCCUUCUUUUAUGGGUACAUCCUGACCCAGAUCUCAGGAGGAUAUCUCGCAGGACGCUUUGGACCCAAGUGGGUCUUAGGCUUUGGUGUUUUGGGAUCUGUCCUCUUUACACUGCUCACACCUGUAGCUGCUGACUGGGGAGCUGGCUACCUCAUUGCUGUGAGAGUACUGGAGGGAGCAGGACAGGGACUAAGCUUUCCUGCAACGUAUACUAUGUGGGCAGCAUGGGCCCCACCUUUGGAGAGAAGUCGACUGUUCACUAUUUCAUAUAUUGGAUCCAAACUUGGAACAGUUGUAGGUUUUCUACUGUCUGGUGAAAUCUCCUUUUACUUGGACUGGACCUAUGUCUUCUAUUUAUUUGGGGCUGUUGGACUGCUGUGGUUUGUCUUGUGGGCAUUGCUUGUUUCAGAUAGUCCAAGUGAUCAUCCAAGGAUUUCAGAGCAAGAGAGACUGUACAUAAUCUCCUCACUCAAGAAUGAGCUGUCCACCUCCACAGACCAGGUUCCCUGGAGAUCCAUACUGACGUCAGUGCCACUUUGGGCCAUUGUCGUGGUUCACUUUUCCUACACCUGGACAUUUUACACUCUCCUCACACUGCAGCCAACUUACAUGAAAGAUGUUCUUGGAUUUAGUAUCCAACAGAACGGUAUUCUGUCAGCUCUGCCUUACAUCGGCAGUGCCAUAUUAUCUGUGCUCAGUGGGCAGUUUGCUGAUUACCUGAGAGAAACACACCACUGUCCAACUGUCAGGGUCCGGAAAGCCUUUACAUUAGUGGGCAUGAUUGGCCCGGCCAUUUUCCUGGUGGCAGCAGGAUAUACAGGCUGUAAUUACAUAUUGGCUGUGACGUUUCUGACAAUCUCGACGUCACUGACUGGAGUGACUGCAUCUGGCUUCAACAUCAACCAUCUGGACAUUGCUCCACUGUUUGCUGGAAUUAUUUUCGGAAUCACCAACACUUUUGCCACUAUUCCUGGAAUGGUUGGACCAGUUAUAGCAAGAUCACUUACUGCAAAUAACACCAUGGAGGAAUGGCAGACUGUCUUCUACAUUGCUGCUGCCAUCAACAUGUUUGGGGCAACGUUUUACACGGCAUUUGGUCAAGGUUCUGUUCAGCCGUGGGCAGUUAAGACUGAGGGAGGAAAUUAG